AUGUCGGCUGGCAUCUACCACGCUACUCUCAACAGCACUCUCAGUGGGGUUGACUGUUCGCCACACGUCACGGUAUUCCGCGGGAUACCCUACGGCAGCAUUCCAAGGCGCUUUGCUCGGUGUGAACCGAUACACACUUACCCGCGAGAACUCGAUUGCACUCAAUUCGGUCCACGAUGCCCCCAACUCCAAUUGGACGUCGGUUGUCUGCUGCGCAUCCCACCAGAUAUCUCGCCUCGACCUGAAAAUGAAGACGAGUAUCGAUGCACCAAUCUUGAUGUGUUUGUACCAAAGCUUGCGACCCAGGACAAUGGCAAUGGCUUGCCCGUCUUGGUCUGGAUUCACGGUGACUUCAAAGGUGGCUCCCAAGCUGUAACGUUUGGCAGUAGCGCAUCUGGUGUAUGCGACAUGACCGCGCUCGUGGGUAACUCAGUGGUUAUGGAAAAGCCAGUUAUUGCUGUCACCGUGCAAUACAGAUUGAACAUGUUUGCUCUUGGAGAUGGUACCGGCGAGAAGAAUCUCGCACUCCACGAUCAAUCAUCAGCAUUGACAUGGGUUCAACAGCAUAUCGCUGGCUUUGGGGGAGAUCCAACGCUCGAUGUCUGCCAGGCAAGAGUCACGUUAGCGGGUGAAAGUGCCGGAGCUGUCUACUGUCACGCCCAUAUGGUGACGGGUGCACCAGCACAACAAUUUGCCUUGUUGUCGGGAUCAUUACAUCUUUCACCGCCACAACCUGCGCAUAAUGUAAUGGCAUUGCGAAGUUCGAUAAGGCAAAAGCUCCAAGAAUUGAGUCCUGACCUGGAUUUCAGCUCGGCUUCAGCAGCUCAAAUCGUUCAUGCUAUAGAACGAUCAGGGGUACAAUCAUUUUUUCUCGAGGACGACCCCAUUUUCGCAGGCUGGGAAAAGACAGUUGGCACAGGGCGUCGCCUGUUCCUGAGUGAUGUGCAGAAAGAGUCGGCCAUAUGGCAAGCAGGGAUACACCUCUUAGAUGACCAUGAUAUCAUUAAAGCCUUUGACCUAGCUGGUGAUGAUAGCAGGAAGCUCAAAGAACUCUAUCAUAUCCACUCUGGGCGGUCCUCGUCCUGCCGGUUUGGAGCACUCGAUUUCAUCAACGACUACAAAUUCGUUCUUCCUAUACAUCAGAUAAAAAGGCUCUGGCAGAAUUCGGAUAGAUUAGUGUUUCGCUAUUUAGUCGAUGAAGCGAAUCCGUGGCAGCCAUCGUCGGGAGCCCAUCAUGCCGUUGACCUCGUGUUGCUUUUUGGUGGAUUUGGUAUGGCCACAAGUGCGGCAGCUGAGAGGACUGGGCAGCAGAUGCGGAGUGCAUGGAUUCUGUUCCUCAACGGCGAGUCACCAUGGAGUCCCAGCACGAGCGACUUCGCGUUUGGUCCAUAUGGUGUUUCUUCUGUACUGAAUCGCGAAGAGCUAGGGUUUCGGCGCAGAAUGGCACAGAUCGAAUUCCUUGACCGAACAGAUAAGUCGUCGUUGGACCCUGUGUUCAGGGCAUUGGCAGCAGGUCGGAUUAGUCUACUCAAUUAG